ACAGGCCAUUUUUCUUGUUCUUCACCAAGAUAAUACUCUCCUCCGAUCAACUUCUUUCCAUUUCCAAUUUCCAAUUUCUCUCUGAUUUCUGAUUUCUAUGGCGAUGCCUUCGCGGGAAGCAAUUGAUACUUUCAUCGGCGUUACUGGAGCAUCCGAAGCGAUCGCCGUUCAGAGCCUCGAGGCGCAUGGUGCUGAUCUCAAUGCUGCUGUGAAUGCUUAUUUCAAUGAAGGAGAUAGAAGUUCGUCCGUAAAUGCUCGUCAAACCUCUGUUUCUGGUGAAUAUGAUUUCAUGGACAUUGAUGAUCCAGUUGAAGUCGAACCCCAUGGUCCUCCUCGGUCUCUUCUAUCUACAGCUAGAGAGGGAAUGAUUCCAUUUUCGUUACUUGAUCGAAAUCUCCGCCAGGGGUUCUUUGAUCGCCCCUCUGAUUUUACAAGUUCUGCUCCAGUUGUGACUCAUCCAAGAGAGGCGAGGGAGAUUCCCAUAGAAUUUAGAGAUGGUAAUCGACCAUCUGGCCAUGAGCUGACAAUUGAGGAUGUCACUGGGACUGUAGAUGCCCAUGUUCCAGAGGUUCGUGGAACUGUAGUAACUGAUGAUAAUGAAGAUGAAGAACCUCCAGUUACUUCUACGGCACGUGCACCAGAUUUAGAGAAUCGCGCUGUUUCAAGUAUCAUAUCUCGUGACAGAAAUGCUAUACCCGGUGCCUUUGAAAGUAAUGAAUUCCAAGACAGAAAUGACAUUGAAGAAGAAAUGAUUCGUGCUGCGAUUGAGGCUUCAAAGAAGGAUGUUGUGCAAGCUUAUCCAAGCGAUCCCUUAACUACACACACUGAUUUAAGCAAUCUUAGGACUGAAGAACAUCUUUCUCCCUCGAAUAAUUUUGAAGUUUCACAUGCAGCUUCAUCUAUCAAGCCAGAUGAAGCUUUCCCUGAGCGAGGGGAGAACAUUGGAGGAUUGAAAAUAGCAGAUUCUAAGUCAACUGAGGUGGAGAUGAGGAAAGGCAGAGCACUAAAUGGAAGGAUGGAAGCAGGAAGCACGUCUUUUCAAGAUGAGGUUGAAGACCUAGAGCAAGAUAAUUUAGUUAGGCAUCGGUCCAAACGCAAGUCCUUGGGCUAUGUUGAGCCUGCAAAGGGGGUUGAAGUUGAUGUAAGCCUUGCAUCUAGUCCCAAGCAUUCCGGUGCUGGUAAUAAUUCACAGCACAAUGGGAGUAUCUUUCGUUCUGAUGAGUGGGGUGGAAUUUCUUCAGAGGAGCAUGACGAAGCAGUCAUGCUUGAGGCGGCCAUGUUUGGUGGAGGUUCUGAAGGAAGUUCAUAUAAUUUUCCAUCUGCACCUCAUGAGUUCAUGAGAAAUCAAGGUUCAUAUAUGCAGCCAGCCCCUCGCCCUCCUUCUCCCUCUUUAGUAGCUCAGCGUUUGAUUAGGGAACAACAGGAUGAUGAGUAUCUUGCAGCCUUACAAGCUGACAAAGAAAAAGAACUGAAGGCAAUGGCAGAAGCUGCUGCUGUUCUUGAAAAAGAAAAACAAAGAGAGGAGGAAUCCCGUCAGAAAUUGGAUGCUGAGAAGGAACUUGAAAGACACUUGGCAGAAAUAGAAGCUUCUCUUCCUAGUGAACCAAGAACAGAUGAUGAGAAUGCUGUGACACUAUUAGUGCGCAUGCCCGAUGGCAGUCGCCGUGGUCGUCGAUUUCUCAAAACUGAUAAGCUACAGUGUCUCUUGGACUUCAUUGAUAUUGGUAGAGUUGUGAAGCCUGGCAGCUACAGAUUGGUGAGGCCAUAUCCUCGAAAAGCUUUUGGAGAUGGGGAGAGUUCCUCAACGUUGAAUGAACUUGGACUUAACAGCAAACAAGAAGCCUUAUUUCUGGAGUUGAUUUAAUGGUCUGGCCAACGCUCGAGUCCGAUGGCGCCGAACUUAAAUGAUAUAUACAUGAAAACUGCAUCUUCCCUCUGUGUGUGGAUGAGACAGAGAUGGCAUUUGAAGGUAUAAAUAGAACCAUUAAUGCGGAAUAAUGGUCUUUUAGUGCAAAAUAUUUGAUCAUUAUGCCGAGGAGUUCUGUAUGCAGCUUUCUUGUUAAUACGAUGGGGGUUUUAGAAAUCAUAUUGGAUUCUGUGGCUGCUUUGUAUAUGACUAGUUCUAUUCAUUUUAGACAGAAACAUUGCAUAUAUUAGAUGGCUACCCAAAAUAUAGAGCCUUCCUUGGUUUGCUACAUAAAAUGGUUCUUUGCUUC